AUGGUUUCAGAAUAUGGAGUUUUAAAAUUACAUUCUUCAAGGCAAAAGCAUACGAAAGCCAUGUCGGCAAUACCAAGCAAAACAAAACAGCGUAAUAUCAUGUCCGCAUUUGUUACGAAAGGAGUUAUGUGGAAAAAUAAAGUUGUCACAGCGACUGAAAUCAAGCUGGCGGGUUUUCUAGCUGAGCAUAAUAUUGCAUUCCAAACUGCAGAUCAUAUGUCAGAUUUAAUAAAUGGCAUAUUGGAAGAUUUUGGAGUGGAACAUAAAAUUGCUAUGAAAAGAACAAAAGCUACUACUACUAAAGAGCAAAAUCUGGUUCCCUUAGCGAAAACUCUUUAG